AUGUCCCCAACCGUCCUCCCCUCCACAGCCCCAAUCCCCCCAAACCCCCUCUUCACCCUAACCACCCGCACAAUCGCCAUAACCGGCGGCGGCCGCGGCCUCGGCAUCGUGCUAACAAGCGCCAUCCUCGAAGCCGGCGCCGACGUCGCCGUCCUCGACCUCCUCCCGACCCCAUCCCCCGAAGAAUGGGCCUGUGUCCAGAAACUCGCGUCGUCACAAGGCCUGCAGGCGUCGUACACCCAGUGCGAUGUGACGGAUGAAGAUGCGGUGCAGACGGCGCUGGAGAGUAUUGCGGCUGUUGGGAUGCAGCGCGGGAUGCCGCUAAGGGGGCUGGUUACGUGCGCGGGUAUUCAGCAGAUGGUGCAGGCUUUGGAGUAUCCGGUUGAGAUGUGGAGGAGGAUGUUGGAUGUUAAUGUGGUUGGGACGUUCAUCCCUGCGAAGCACUGCGCGCGGAUCUUCAAGGAGCAGGGGAGUGGCGGGAGCAUUGUCAUGAUUGCGUCGAUGUCGGGGCAGAUUGCGAAUCGGGGCCUCACAUGCACCGCCUACAACUCCUCCAAAGCCGCCGUGCACCAGAUGUGCCGCUCCGUCGCGCAGGAAUGGGGGCAGUAUGGGAUCCGAGUGAACACGUUGUCUGCGGGUUACAUCCGCACGGCCAUGACGGACGCGCUGCUCGUCGCCAAGCCCGAGGUCGAGGAGACGUGGAUGCGCGGUGCGCUGCUCGGCCGGCUCGGGGUGCCGGAGGACUUCAAGGCGCCGAGUGUGUACAUGCUGGCUGAUGGGAGUGGGUUCAUGACGGGGGCGGAUCUGAGGGUUGAUGGGGGGCAUUGUGCUUCUGCAUAG